AUGCCUGUCACCAUCUAUCCAUCAAGCCACCCCCCAGAACCUGCCCGUCUCCACCAGACUUACACACGAGUCACCUCUCCAGAGCAGCUGCUGUCAUCCAUCACCAGCCAUGAAACAAACAUAACCUCCAGAUCCUCCCCCCCUCGAACGCGACCCAUAAUCCAGUCUUCCUUCUCAGAAUCCCCAUCCACUUCACCAACCACCCUCUACGCCGCCAAAAACGGCCUAGUCUACAGCUUGAUAGAAGCCUACUCCAACCACCACAACCUCCUCCUCCGCCCCGACGACAUCUGGCUCGCCAUCCUCUCCCAGCUAUCAGUCUACAUCAACGCCAACGCCACCCUCCUCCAGCACCUGUUCAUCCCCUCCUCCAGGAAACAGUCCUCCCCAGCCCAGAAACAAGAUCUCUACAUCCCAGUCGACCUAUCCCCCACCCUCAACCACGGCUCCCUAGCCCAGCAAAUGGCCUCCACCCUGCUCCCCUCCUCCCUGACAAACCCGGACAUAGCCCACAAGUUUUUUCUUCCCUCCUUCACCACCACAACAGAAACAGACGAAAUCGCCGCCUCGAUCCUGCUGAUGGGCUCCAUGCAAAAAUACUUUGUCUACAGCUGGGGAACCAGAUGCGGUAUACCCUCAAUAACCCUCCUUGGCGACCAGACCGACUGGGAGAAGAUCCUCUACCGCUGUGAAGAGUUUCUCGCCUCGGGGAGAUUUGGUCAGGGGGCGAGAGACUGGUGGAGAGGUGGGUUGGGUUAUGUCCUUUCCAACUUUGUGAGAUCGCUUCGAGACCCGGGUGGGAAAGACACGAAGACGUUUUGGCAGAGGGUGUUGGAUCGGCAUGAGCCGAAUGGGUCGGGCAAGACGACGUUUACGGGGUGGGUGGUCAAUGGGUUUUGCUGGUGGGAUGAGGAGGGGAGGCAUGAUCUGGGGAGGGUGCGAGGCGGGAUGACUAGAGGAGAAAUGCCGAUGGGGUUUGGGAUGUGUCCGGUUAGCUUGUGGGAUAAUGGGGUCGAGGUCAAGACGGAGAUGAUAGCGGGGAUGGUGGGGGUGAGAGUGGGUAGGAUGGGGGAUGUGCUGAGGAGGGUGGAGGAGGAUGAGUGGCCUGGUGGGAAGCCUGAAGAAGGUGGAAGGAUGCAGCCGAGAGCAGUCGGGGGGUUGACAGAAAAGAUUGAUACCCUUAGGCCGGAGGUGGGCUGGUUCAUGUAUUCGGUUUGA